AUGUCCCAACGGGUUCAUCACGACAGUUGGCAAUACCAAAGUACCAAAACUACUGAAAUUCCUAACGAAUUAUUGAAUAUUCUCGAUACAAAUUACUUUAACGACGGCAUUCAUUGCAUCGACUACGUUCUUCUUUACAUCAAAUCCCAAUUUUCAUCGAACAAUGACCUUGAAAAGGUUCGACAUGCCUACCGCAAGCGAUUCGAGGAGUGUUUGAAGAAAAAAGGACUUUUGCUGGAAACAACGAUCAAGGAACACGAAACCAAUACUUAUUUCUUUGUAAAAAUUCACUUACCGAAAAAACUUUUGCUCGAAUAUGCGGAGGAGCUUCAAUUUAAAUUUCCCGUCAAGUACCAAACGUUGGAUGGCGAGGCAAGUGAUGAGGCACACAAGAAAAUUAAUUUCAUAUCGAAGUUUUUCUACAAUUAUGAGCAAUUUCCGCUGAAACCGCGACUGUACAAGACGCAUUACAGCGAGAAACGGAAAUUUUUAGAUGAUUUACUGCUGCCUCGACAUCGAUCGUUCAUUGUGCAGUACAUUUUGGAGCAAGAAAAGUAUGGACAUCGCAAAAUUGACUUUGGGUUGCAACGAUUGUUGGCUGAAAGAGCGUAUGAAGCUGCUUAUGCCUUGCAUGAUGGCGACUUGUCUCAAGAAGAAAGUAUGCGUUACAAAUUGUACACUCAUUGGGCCUCCGUGCGUAAAUGGUACCAAUUUCAACCUCUGGACUACAUCAAAGACUAUUUCGGCACCAAAAUCGGCUUUUACUUCGCCUGGCUCGAAUUUUACAACGUCAUGUUAAGCAUCGCCGCCCUCAUUGGAAUCGUUUGUUUCGCAAUUUCCGUCAUCACAAUGAGCACAAGUGCUGAAACCCUCUUUUCGUGUGCUGCCACAAACGUCUCCAUGUGUCCCAACUGCGACACGUGCAACCCGUAUCCCUUGAAAAACUCUUGUCUCAUCCGAAAACUCUCGUAUUUGGUCGACAAUCCGAUAACCGUAAUUUUUGCCAUGUUCAUGUCUUUAUGGUCUGUCGUGUGUUUGGAAUUUUGGAAACGACGUCAGGCAAAAAUUCAGUACAAAUGGAAUAUUAGUGACUUGUGUGCGUUAGAACAACCUUCGAGACCUGAAUAUCACAUAAAAGCCGGUGUCGAAUAUGGCGACGUGAAAUUGUCGGAAAAUGGAAGUAAGGAUCAUCCAAAUAUCUCUUUUCGCAAGAAAAAACUUCCAGCGAGAGUUUUUAGCGGAGCGACGUUGCUUUUUUUGCUACUUUUGGCAACAGCAGCAACUUUUAGCAUCAUCAUCUAUCGAAUUUACACGACUUACGCUCUCACAAGCGUUACAAUAUCUGCCAAACUUGUGUCUUUGUUCACCUCAGCCGUGAUAAAUCUCGCAUUUAUUGUGACUUUCAACUUUUUGUACAACAAACUAGCCGUCAAACUCACGGAUUUGGAGUUGCAUCGCACGCAAGUCGAAUACGAUGACGCUCUGGCACUAAAAAUUUACAUUUUAAAGUUUGUAAAUUACUAUUCGACACUUUUUUACAUCGCCUUCUUCAAAAGUAACAUGUUCGGGUAUCCGGGAAAGUACUUGAGGCUCUUCGGGAUGCGACAGGAAGAGUGUUCCAAUGGCGGAUGUUUGUGCGAAUUGACGAUACAACUCGUAAUUAUCUUUGGAUUGAAGCAAAUUUUCAAUACGGCACUUGAAAUGCUUAUCCCGUUCGUGAAAAAUUGGCUGAAAUCUCGAGGAAAUCCGAAAUUUUAUGAAAAAGAACGAUGGUUUAAUGAUUUCCAGUUGGAAGAUUAUCGUUCGGGAGGUCUCAUACCGGAAUAUAUGGAAAUGGUGAUCCAAUUUGGGUUUGUGACGUUAUUUUCCUUUGCGUUUCCAUUAGCUCCGUUACUUGCACUCAUCAAUAACGUCUUUGAAUUGAGAUUUGAUGCGCAAAAAAUCGUCAAAUACAGUAGACGACCCAUUAACGAAGAUGUUAAGAACAUUGGGAUCUGGUUUGGGAUUCUAAAUACGAUUGUUCGGAUCAGUGUGAUCGUCAAUGGUCUAAUAAUCGCAUUUACCUCGGAUUUCAUCCCGAAACUCGUAUAUUUGAGUCUUUAUAGCACAGAUGGAACGUUAAAUAAUUACGUGAACUUCACUCUUUCAUCAAUUGAGCCUCAAGACUACAACGGAUCAAUAAAAUUGAAUGCAACUUGUCAUUAUUUUGGGUUUCGUGAUCAUAAGCCGCCUUAUGCCUACACGGAGGUUCAUUAUACGAUCCUUUUAUGGAGACUCGUGUUCGUUCUCGUCUUUGAGAAUUUCCUUUUCUUCCUCAUAAUGGUCAUAAAUUGGUGCAUUCCGGAUGUUCCUCACAGCGUAAAGCUAAAAAUGUGUCGAGAAAAACGAUUUUUGGAAGAAAUAUUAAUAAAACGUGAACAAAAUCUUAAAUUGCAACCGUCAAAAGGUUCAGAUAAUUUCAGUUUUUAUGAAUCACUUGAGAAACAAAAGCAUCACAAAUCAUCAGAAGUACUGGAAAUGCAAGAAAUCCCAAUAAAAGAUGAAAAUUUUGAGGAAAUUGAUUUUAAUUUUCCAUCUUCAGUUGAAAAAAGUCCACAAUCAAUAGAAGAAUUUAAAAAUAUGCCAAUAUUUCGGAGACCAUCAGAAGGUAUUCAUGGGGAAGAAGUCAGAUUUACGGUGCUGCAGUCAAAUUUGACUGAAUUAAUGAAGGAUUUGUCAGAGUCACUGAAUGAAGGAAGUUAA